UAUAUAAACAGGGUGUGCUGGAGGGGAAGGGGACAUUAGUUUCUGCUCAAAGUUCAUGAAGCUUGCAAUCCUGGUGGGUGGUGCUGUUUGCAAGAUUCUACUACAGCAGAGCUGCUGGCAGCAGAAACCAGUCUUGCAGUCUUCUUUGGGACACCUGCACCUAAACGUUUGUGUGCUGAGAUGCCUACUGAACAAGCCCGAGUCCACCCGCUGGUGGAGACGCUUAUCGACCUCACUGCAGGGGCAGCAGGUGGUGUGGCAUGCGUGGUGACCGGGCAGCCUUUUGACACCAUCAAGGUGAAGAUGCAGACCUUCCCAACAAUGUACCAGGGCUUCUUUGACUGCUCAGUCAAGACCUACCAGCAGGAGGGCAUGCACGGGCUCUACCAGGGCACCACUCCAGCCUUGCUGGCCAAUGUUGCGGAGAACGCCGUGCUUUUUGCCUGCUACGGGUUCUGCCAGCAGCUCGUGAGGCAGCUCUUUGGGUUGGGCAAUGUCCAGGAACUCAGUGAUUUGCACAGCGCGAUUGCCGGCUCCUUCUCAUCAGUCUUCUCCUCCAUGGUUCUGUGCCCCACAGAGCUGGUGAAGUGCCGGAUGCAAGCUCUCCAUGAGAUGAAGGUCACAGGGCAGACAGCUCUGUCGAGGCACAGUUCUACCUGGGCUGUGAUGAAAGCCAUCUUCCAUUCAGAGGGCCCCCUGGGUUUCUUCCAGGGUCUGACCAGCACAUGGCUACGGGAGGUGCCUGGCUAUUUCUUCUUCUUUGGGGGUUAUGAAGUCAGCCGAAGCUUCUUCCUCCAGGCUGGACAGUCAAAGGAGGAGCUGGGUGCUCUCCCUGUGACUGUGAGUGGCGGAAUUGGUGGUGCUGCUUUCUGGCUGGCUGUCUAUCCCAUUGACUCAGUGAAAUCACGGAUCCAGGUGUUGUCCAUGGCUGGGCGGCAAGAUGGUUUCCUGCUCUCCUUCUUACACAUCUUACGUACAGAAGGGUUUAUGCCUCUUUACUGCGGGCUGAUGCCCACGGUGAUCCGUGCCCUGCCAUCCAAUGGUGCCCUCUUCCUUGCCUAUGAACUGACUCAGAAAAAGCUGACCAGCCUAGCAGAGAGGACAACCUGAAGUCUGGACUCCGUCUCAGAGAAACAGGGACUUUGUUGAUGGACGGAGAGAGCCGGGGAUUUUCUUGGUUGAACGGAACUGCAAUGGUCAACCUCUCUCAAGGGGAUCUUGGAGGGGACACCCUUGGCUCAAGGCAGGAAAUGGGGGGGGUAGGGUAGUGCUUUCUGGAUUUCAGGGUAUCUAUCAGUGGGUUGGGAUCGGGAGACAGCCCAAGAUUGCU